AUGGAGACGCCCAAGCUGGCCAUUUUGCUCGCCCUAGCCAUGGCGGCCGCCAUGGUUAACCUUUCCCAAGCCCAGAACUCGCCUCAGGACUACCUCUCACCUCACAACGCCGCCCGCGCCGCCGUCGGCGUGAGCGCGGUGAGCUGGAGCACGAAGCUGCAGGGGUUCGCCCAGAGCUACGCCAACCAGAGGAUCAACGACUGCAAGCUCCAGCACUCGGGCGGGCCCUACGGGGAGAACAUCUUCUGGGGGCCGGCCGGCGCGGACUGGAAGGCGGCGGACGCGGUGAAGCUGUGGGUGGACGAGAAGAAGGACUACAACUACGGGUCCAACACCUGCGCGUCGGGGAAGGUGUGCGGGCACUACACGCAGGUGGUGUGGCGCGCGUCGACCAGCAUCGGCUGCGCUCGCGUCGUCUGCAACAACAACCGCGGCGUCUUCAUCACCUGCAACUACGAGCCCGCCGGGAAUGUUGUUGGACAGAAACCAUACUAA